AUAAAGUCAAGCAUGUCAAAGCCUUUGGUUACCUCUAAUUUCACCCUAGUCCUACUUAUUAUAGCUUGUUGCUUCCAUAUUCAUAUUGUGGAAUGCAAAUGCCAAAAAACAAAAGAAAAGGCAUCUCUCUUCAUCUUUGGUGAUUCUCUUUUUGAUGUGGGCAACAACAAUUACAUCAACACCACCACUCUUGACCAAGCCAACUUCAAGCCUUAUGGAGAAACUUAUUUCAAGUUCCCCACCGGUCGAUUUUCUGAUGGACGUCUGAUUUCCGAUUUCAUAGCUGAAUAUGCAAAAUUGCCAUUGCUGCCACCCUUUCUGCAGCCUGGUAGUCAACACACCUAUUAUAAUGGAGCAAAUUUCGCCUCCGCCGGAGCGGGAUCUCUUGUCACGACUUUUCAGGGAUUUGUAAUUGAUAUGGAAACUCAGCUCAAAAACUUCAAAAAGGUGAAGAGUUGGUUGAGAAAUAAAUUGGGCAAAGGGAAAUCACAAAAUAUUUUGUCAAAUGCAGUUUACUUGUUUAGCAUUGGAAGCAAUGACUACUUAAGCCUCUUUGUGACCAAUUCCUCAAUACCAAUCUCUCCUCAAUACCAACAAAUGGUUGUUGGGAACUUGACAACCAUCGUUAACGAGAUAUACAAAAUUGGAGGAAGGAAAUUUGGGUUCCUUAAUUUAGGAGACUUGGGGUGUCUACCAGGGUUAAGAAUGCUGAAUUCAUCUAACAAAAAUGGGUGUUUGGAGAAAGCUUCAAAUAUGGCCAAAUUACAUAAUGUUGAGUUGUACAAUACCCUCUUCAAAUUGAAGAAAAAAUUGAAAGGGUUCAAGUAUUCACUCUAUGACUUCAAUAGUAGUUUGAGAAAAAGAAUUGAUCAUCCCUCCAAAUAUGGUCUCAAGGAAGGAAAAAUAGCAUGUUGUGGAAUAGGACGAUUCAGAGGGAUACAUAGUUGUGGAGGAAAAAGGCCAGUGGGACAUAAAUUUGAGCUUUGUCAAAAUCCAAAUAUGCAUGUAUUUUGGGACUCAUAUCAUCUAACUGAAACUACUUAUCACCAAAUGGCAACUGAAAUGUGGAAUGGAUCUUCUACUUUCAAGUCCCUCUUUCGAUGCUCGUAGUUGUUCUUUUCGUCUCAAUUUAUGUGAUGUUAUUUGACUGGAUACGGUAUUUUAUAAAAGAAAGAUCUUGAAAUU